AAUACUCUGUCGUAAUAAUGAGAUGAAAUUCACAAACACUCCAUAAAUUAAGUAUAAUUCACAAAUACACAUUGAACAUAAGAAUUUAUAAACUGCAUUUUUAACUCAUAUGUCAUGUAAUUUAUAAAUGGGGACAAAAUAAAUCUCUUUAUAUUUGUUUCUACUGACCUAUCUUUUCAAUAUUACUAAUUGUUAGUAGCUUGAACUCUCCCUUGUAUUGCUGACAACAGUCUUACGUCAUGACUGUUGCUAUGAAAAGUUUAAAAGAAGAAGAAGCAGAGUUUCAUCUCAGUGAGUAGGGACUGACUACAUCAGCGGAUAGUUCUUAGGACUCACACAGUGCCAUAAAUUGUGUUCUGUGAUCUCUGAGCAUGGCUUAUACUGACUUUCAAUAAUAGAGUAGGUAAGUUUAGUUAAAUUGUCAUUUUCAUUUGUUUAUUGAAAGUAAUUUCUUAACUGCUAGCAGAGUGAAUAUUGUUAGAUUGUUGACAGUGUGAAAUUUGACAAACAUAUAGCAAAACCUGAAAAAAAAUUACAGUAAUAUGUACGGAUAUUAACUGGAGGAUCAUGGUUAACUCUACACAGAUUUCAUAUUUCACACUUUCUGCCUACUUUGACAUCGGGAUUUCCAGAUAUUUAUUUUUCAUGAUUGUUAUGUUAUUAUAUAUUUUAAUUGUUUGUGCCAAUCUUUUGCUCAUUGUGAUUAUCUGUAUGAACAGAAGCUUACAUGAACCUAUGUACAUAUUUCUGUGCAGCCUGUUUGUAAUUGAACUGUUUGGUAGUACAGGGUUGUUUCCAAUGCUUCUGAUUCAGAUUCUCUCUGACAUUCACACUGUUUCUACUUCAUUUUGUUUCCUGCAGAUUUUCUGUUUGUACUCGUAUGCAAAUAUUGAAUUUACUAACUUAGCUGUCAUGUCUUAUGACAGAUAUCUCGCUAUCUGUUAUCCUUUACAAUAUAACACACGUAUGACAUCUAAUAAGGUUGCCAUUCUUAUUGCUCUAUCAUGGUUAUUUCCUUUUCUUGCUAUUGUUGUUGUGAUUUCUCUGAGUGCCUCUUUACAGCUGUGUGGGAACUUAAUUAACAAAGUGUAUUGUGACAACUACUCCAUCAUCAAACUGGCAUGUUCAGACACAACAGUCAUUAACAUCUAUGGAAUUGUUUACACAUUUACUAUUGUACUUGGCGUUGUAAUUUUAAUCCUUUACCCUUAUGUAAAGAUUCUUAAAGUUUGUUUUUCUGGUUCCAAACAGACCAGACAAAAAGCUGUCAGAACCUGCACACCUCACCUUGCUUCUCUCCUGAACUUUUCUUUUGGCUGUUUCUUUGAAGUUGCACAGGGAAGAUUUAAUAUGAACAGUGUACCGAACAUGUUGCGCAUUUUUUUGUCAUCAUACUUUAUCACCUGUCAACCACUCUUUAACCCUGUACUGUAUGGACUGCAAAUGACUAAAAUACGUGGCUUAUAUAAAAACAUUGUCUUUGGUAAAAGGUAAAUUACUGUUAAAAGUAAUGAAGCCUAAUAUGUAUUUUUUUAGCCUAAAUGAUAUGAAAACAAUAAAAUAAUACUAUAAAUUCUAUACAACAAUAGAUAGAUAGAUAGAUAGAUAGAUAGAUAGAUAGAUAGAUAGAUAGAUAGAUAGAUAGAUAGAUAGAUAGACUUUAUUAAUCCAACAAAGUUACCAUUCUCAUUUCUCUAUGAUGGUUAUUCCCUCUUCUUUCAACUGUUGUCACGAUAUCUUUGAGUGCCUCUUUACAGCUGUGUGGGAACAUCAUUAACAAAGUUUUCUGUGACAACUACUCCAUUGUCAAACAGGCAUGUUCUGACACAACAGUCAAUAACAUUUAUGGACUCAUUGCUACUUGUCUCGCAAUCUUGUGUGCUGUAGAGAAGGGACUUCCUGGUUUAAUAUAGGUUAUAUGUAUACCAAACCUUAUCAUUUCCAGAACACCAUCAUUACAGUAUGCUUGUUAUAAAAACCUUAAAUAUAACUUAUUAAAUACUAUUACAAAUGGCUAUUGAAAUAUUUGUUUAUAUGACCAGCACAACAUAAAAAAGUUUCAUCAUGCUCAAUGUUAUUACCAAAGGGAGACAGUUUCUGGAUUGGGUUAGGGUUAGGGUUAGGGUUAAAUCUCGCAAAGGCUGUUCACGAACUUCUGUCCAAGUAUUUUUCCAACAAUUUUAACAAAUAUAGGACCAUCCUAUUAGUCUGUGUCGUAUUAAUUUAUAGGAAAAAAAGAAAUUGGCUGGUUCCCAUUGUUCACUAGUUCUCAAACGACACAUCACUAAUUCCAUCAGUGAAUCACUAAAAAGACAGGAAAACAAAGUGGUGGAAAGCUGGCUCAAUAAGUGAAAACUGUAUUGUUCUACAAUUGAUGGAGUAUCUAUAAAUGCUUGUUUAUAGGAGGGAAGUAGCCAGUUUUGUGCCCAUGUCCAAGUUGCAGAUUUUCAUCUGGGGUAACAAGAAACGAGGCAGAAAACCUACGUAGGAGUGUGGUAUAUAAGAGACUAUGAUUACCAUUCUGAGAUGCUUAUGGAUGCAAAGACGUGAUGACCUCUCUAGGGGUACCUGGGUACCUGUUCUACUUUUGGAGACUAUAGGAACCACAAGUAGCCCUGCAUUCAUAGAGCGCAGUGUUCUAGUAAUUGCACAACACUCCAUUAAAAGUGAAAGUUAACGGAGUAAUUCCUAAUAAUGUUGCCUAAGGGAAGCACAUAUAAGGUGAUCUGAUAAAUAUGACUUAAACCAGUUUACUGCAGUUCCUUUAAUAUCAAUUAGAUGCUCAAGUCUCUGUAAUAGAACAUGAUGGUCAGUGGUGUCAAAUGCAGCACUAAGUUCUGAAGUCCAUUAUCUGAUGCACAUAACUUUCAGCGGUGCUGUCUCUGACAUUACAGAGGGCCUUUCUAUAUGAUUUCAGACUAUCUUGCCAGAUUAAACAGGAUUCUUCCACCUUGGUAGAACAUCAAUUCCUUUGAAAAUUUCCACACCUUUUGCUUUAAUUGGCGUAUUUGGUGGUUGUACCGGUGCUAGCCUCCUAUGUUUUAAUAUAUUUAAACAUAGAUUGUAUUUAGAGGGGCAAUACAGUUGAGUGUCGAAAUCAGAGCAUGGACCAGGAGCAUGGUACACUAUAACACAGAUUAGAUGUGAAAGAACAAGUCUUUCAAAAGAGUUAUAAUUUAAUCAGCAGAGUCAACAGACUUGAUUAUAUAACAUAACAUUAGUUAUGAGCCGAGCUGCUGCUAACGUUAGCUCAGCUUGUUUCUCUGAUAACUUAAGAUCCAGACGUCAGAUGACUAAAAUCCUUCAUCCGGUUCAAAUCUAGAGUUAAAAACCAGCAAGAUCUAAAAAAUAGGUUUAGGUAAAAAUGUGGCUGAAAGGUCCAGUGUGUAGGAUUGAGUAGCAUCUAGUGGUGUAGUUGCAGAUUGCAACUCCAAAACGCUCCAAUUAAUUCAGAACGCUGCAGCACGAGUACUGACAGGAACUAGAAAAAGAGAUCACAUCUCUCCUGUACUAGCUACUCUGCAUUGGCUCCCUAUAAAAUGUAGAAUUGAAUUUAAAAUCCUCCUCCUCACCUAUAAAGCUCUUCAUGGUCAGGCCCCUUCAUAUCUUAAAGAGCUCAUAGUACCCUAUUACCCCACUAGAACACUACGUUCUCUGAAUGCUGGGCUACUUGUGGUUCCUAUAGUCUCUAACAGUAGAACAGGAGCCAGAGCCUUCAGUUACCAAGCUCCUCUCCUGUGGAACCAGCUUCCAGUUGUGGUUCGGGAGGCAGACACCCUCACCACAUUCAAGAGUAGGCUUAAGACAUUCCUCUUUGAUAAAGCUUAUAGUUAGGGCUGGAUCAGGUGAGUCCUGAACCAUCCCUUAGUUAUGCUGCUAUAGGCCUAGACUAUCGGGGGAUUUCCCAUGGUGCACUGAGCUACUCUCUUCCUCUCUCUUUCUGCACUCAUUCAUGUCCCUUUAAUGCAUGUUACUAACUCCACUUCUUCCCCGGAGUUCUUGUGCUUUCUCGUCUCGCAGGUUCUCAUGGAUCCUGGUGGAGCCUCCUGCCAUGGUCCUGCUUGACUGCCAUUGCCAAUACUGUUGUUGCUGUGCACCUGUCUGUCUGUCUGUCGCUCUCUCUCUCUCUCUCUCUCUCUCUCUCUCUCUCUCUCUCUCUCUCUCACCCCAACUGGUCGAGACAGACGACCACCCACCUAGAGCCGGAGGAUCUGUCCUAGGUUUCUGCCUUUUAACAGGCAGUUUUUCCUUGCCCUUGUCGCCAAGUGCUUGCUCAUGGUGGUACUGUUGGGUCUCUGUAAUUAAUGUUAAAGAGUUCGGUCUAGACCUGCUCUAUUUGAAAAGUGUCCUGAGAUAACUUCUGUUAUGAAUUGGCGCUAUACAAAUAAAAUUGAAUUGAAUUGAA